AUGAUAAUACAAAUUCCUCUCAGUUUUUCCUACAAACUCUUUACUUCUUAUGGCUUCUCAAAUUUAGAUGGCAAAAUUCAAAAGCAAACAUCCACUAAUACCGCAAAAAUCAUCAUCACUAAAAAGUAUACUAUUGGUGAUAGUUGUACUAAAACAAACCCAGGACAUUACCAAUAAUCUAUGAUGAUUACAUAUAUACCAAAGUAUUUACCUCUAGUUUCAUUUGUCCUUAUACUUGUAAUGUACCAUGUUUAUGAUACACAUAAAAUUGACAAUUGUAUAUAGAUUUUCUUUACUGCAAAUCCAAUUUGGGUGCCAUUUUCUUUGCAUUUAUAGACAAUAAUAUCGCGGGACAUGUAUAAUGUAUAUCCAAAUUAUGAAAAGAACAUAACCUAGCUACUCAAUACAUUUUUAGAUACAUAUUUUGGAUUAAACAAUGCAAUAACAUUAAGUGCUAAUAAAGUUCUAAUUCUGAAAGCUGCGUGUAAUGAAAAUAUCGAAAUCACUCCAAGAUCGUUAUAAUUGGUCUCUUUGUAUAAAAAGGUUAUUUAGUUGGCUGCUGAAUUAAAUGAUGAAAACAUGAAUAAGAAAGUUGUUCCCAGCAAGGCUACCUUCCAACAAUUUGAUUAUCCUUAUAAUAGUUUAUACUGCAUUAAAAUAUAACAAAAAUAAGUUGAAAUUAUACUAUGA